AUGGCGCGGCGACGAGUGACAAGGUGUCGGCGGGGUACGGGGGGCCGCCCCGCUUCGUCAGUCAGUCUCGUGCCGAUCUCCGACCGAGUCACACGUCCCCGAACACUCAAUCUCUCGCGAUCAGUGCUCAGUGAAACAAUGUUGUGCUGACAUCUGGAUUACGUGUUGUGAAUAAUUUUGUUUAUUGUGAUAAGGAUCUGUUGAAGCUGGCCAAGGAUAAUAAUUUGUGGAGCAACAUGCUCACCUCAAGCAAUCAGUAUUUGAGGCCGGAUUACCUGUCGCCGUUGCCGACAACGCUCGACGCGAAAAAGAGCCCGCUGGCGCUACUCGCCCAGACUUGCAGUGCGAUUGGAGCUGACACGCCGAAUCCGAAACUCAUUUCUGCAGCUGAAAAGGCCAGCUCCAAAAAAUACUCCGAUGAUAAAUCACCUGUCGUUCAUUCACCUGCUGAUAAUAAACCCAGUUUUAAGCCUUAUGAAUCGUGCCUGACUUCGAGAGAAAAGACUAGAACACCGGAAGAUAGAGCGUCAGUGAAUGCUCAUUCUAAGACCCCUGUUUCUUCGAAGGGAAGUGCAGCUACUACACCAGUUCAGGCACGAUGCAGCAGCAAUCAGAGCUCAUCCUCUCAGCGCACAUCACCCCCUGUGAAUAGGAAAACACCAUCCGAGAAGUCUGAUGAAAGAUCCAGUCCGAUCCGUGGCUCACCAGCUCCUGCCAAGUCCAAUUCUGACUCAAGCAGUUCCACAACUUCAUCAAAGUUACCUUUUACACCAACAACAUUAUCAUCAAGUUCAGAAACCAAAGAACCAUCGAGCUUCAAACCAAGUAUACCAGUAUCAUCUUCAGCUUUUCUUGGAGGAAUGCCUCCAAGUGGAUUCCCAAUGGGAAUGGAUCUUAUGACAAGCAGUCUUAUGGCUGCGCAACAUCAUGCAUUGAAAAAUGGGCUUAAUCCUUACUUGAUGUAUGCAAGAAUGAAAGCACCUGGAAGUGAAAUGGGAAUUUGCAGAGACCCUUACUGCACCGGCUGUUCUCUAAGCUCACAUCUUUUCAAAUCAUCCUCAUGUCCAGCUGGAUGUGCUCAAUGUGAUCAUGCAAAGACGCCAUUCUCCAUCCCUGGUGGACACCCGGCCGCUGCAGCGUAUGCUCACGCUCAACUAGCCGCAUUAGCUGCCGCGUCACAGUUGCCUUAUGUAUGUAGCUGGAUGGCAGGUGACUCGGCUUACUGUGGCAAGAGAUUCUCAACAUCUGACGAGUUACUGCAGCACCUACGGUCGCACACGGCCAGUGGUGAGACAAGUCCCAGUCUCUCUAUGUUAAGUGCAACACAUCCAUUGUUGCAAAGAACUUACCCGACCCCACCGCUGUCGCCACUGACUCCAAGAUUCCACCCUUACAGCAAACCCUCACACAUGAUGUCGUCACCUCCAAUACCAUUUCCACUCGCUCCGCAUCCUUCACUAGCGGCAUACUUCCCGUCUUACCAACUGUUUGGUCCUCGGCCGCUGCACCCGUGAGGUCCGUCGGCGCUCCACGCAUUCAAAAAAGGGGGCGCCGAUCGCUAACGCCCGUUUGGACAUUGAAACUGAAGAUUGUGUAAAUAUAAAGUAGUGCUCUUCGAGUUUCUAGUCGGCUCAUAUCAUUGAUGAACGAGAAUGCGCCCUUUACGGGGUGAAGACAGCUGUGAUCUCUUUGUAAUGUUCAUUUAGUGCACUGUAGUCUAAGCAAAUCUCGUUGUAUCGAGUCUAUUAAAGUAUUUAACUACCAACUCUAUUUUGAUGUUUGCUUCAAAGAAAGCAAUCAUAAAUAUAAAUACAAUGGUUUAAUAGAUUUGUUGCAACAGCUGAAUAUGCUUCAAUGUAGAGGUUCACCUCUAAGCUAUUAUGUGCCGUUCAGUCCGUCCGCAGGAGCGGAUUAUAAUUCUCUAGCUAGAAUAACUAAAUUUUCUGUACCAAAUCAGUAGAUUGUAAUUAAACUACUUAUGCAUAAUUUUCUAAUUUAAGUUGUUGCAUAUAAAUAUAGUGAGGAUUGUUAAUAUUAUGUUUUAUUAAGAUACAGAAUAUUGUACUGAGCAAACCAAUCACAUAUCUUUGUAAGGUUACAUUAUAAUGUCGUAAAGACUAAUGGUUUCAACGGUUCAAGUCAAGGAGGUUGAAAUUAUUCAGUAAAUGUUACCGCACCGUCACUUUAUCAUUAUAAUUUAUAGCCACUUUCCAAGUUUAAACAGAUAAAGAUCUUAAUAGCAAGAAUCUCUGUUGCAAGUUUCUAAAAUUUACAUUUUAUUGCUUGCAAGCUACUUAAAUGUAUGUAAAGUAGAUAUUUAAUUUGUACUGUAAACACCUGAAUUUUAAUGAUACAUCUCUGCAUAUACUUUAAUUAAGUAUAGACACACUGUAUCAUUCUGUAUGGCUUAAUUAUGUUGAUCAAAGUAUUUUCUUGUUAAAUCGUAAACAGAAAAAUAUACGUAAUUUGACUUUUA